ACAUUCUCUAUAAAUUGGACACAUUCUGGUGCUUUUAUUCUUCAUCAUUGAGAGAGCUUUUUCUUAUAUACUCCACAAAAAAGAAACAUCAAUACAUACAAGAGAUGGCUAUCAACAAUGAAGAGAAACAAGAAAUCAAACCCAUUGGACACAAUGAACUUGCUCACAAGAGUCUCCUUCAAAGUGAUGCACUUUAUCAGUAUAUACUUGAGACGAGUGUGUUUCCAAGAGAGCAUCCAUGUUUGAAGGAGCUUCGUGAGAUGACAGAAAAACACCCUUGGAACCUUAUGGCUACACCUGCUGAUGAAGGACAGCUUCUAAGCUUGCUGAUUAAGCUCAUCAAUGCCAAAAACACAUUGGAAAUUGGUGUCUUCACCGGUUAUUCUUUGCUCUCUACUGCUCUUGCUCUUCCCGCUGAUGGAAAGGUAUUGGCUUUGGACGUGAGUCGUGAAUACUAUGAGUUGGGAUUGCCUAUAAUUGAAAAAUCUGGAGUUGUUGACAAGAUUGAUUUUAGAGAAGGACCUGCUCUCCCUGUUCUAGAUGAACUUAUUCAAGACGAAAAUAACAAGGGAGCAUUUGAUUUUGUUUUUGUGGAUGCUGAUAAGGAUAAUUACUUAAACUAUCACAAGAGGGUCAUUGAACUUGUGAAAAUUGGGGGAUUGAUCGGGUACGACAACACCUUAUGGAGUGGAUCAGUGGCAGCUCCAUCUGAUGCACCUAUGCUGGAUUACAUUAAGCGUCUACGUGGUUAUGUGAUUGAGCUCAACAAAUAUCUAGCUCAUGAUUCAAGGAUCGAGAUUUGUCAGCUACCAGUGGGUGACGGGAUUACCUUGUGCCGCCGCAUCAGCUGAUUAUUAUCAUUGGUGGUGAUUUGUUUCCUUGAAUAAUUUGGAGUUUUAUUAUGAGUUUUCAAUUUUUUAAAUAAGAAUGUUAUGCUUUAUUAUUGUGUUAUUUAUCUUUGUUAGGUUCUGGUCAAGUGGAAAAGUUUGGUCCAUUUCUCCACAUGAGUGUUUCCCUAAUAUGUAUGUAUUUACUACUUUUGUAAUCUUUAUUUUCUUAUGUAAUGCUAGAGAUGUGGAUUGUUGGUUGUAUUAUUCUCGUGAGAAAAAGCGUGGUUGUACUUUUUUAAAAUUAAGUAUUCUUGGUGAAUUCAUCAUGGUAUAUUUAAUUCAACACUAAAUAAAAAUUGAUGGUUGUAUACAAAA